CCCAGAGCAACGCGCCUCAGGUAGCAUAAAUCAGUAAUCCGAUGGAUUCCAAUGCACCAGGCUUUCUUCUAAAUCCUUCAGCUCUCCACUCCGUUUAUUGCCAGGGCCAGGGGAAGGAAGAUAAUGGGAUUAUAGACCUCGGACUUAGCCUGAGAACUUUGCAGCCGGAAGACUACCAUCCUUCUGGACAUACGGUGAGCCUGGAGGGAUACAACGACCUGAUAGCUUGGCCUCAGGAUAAUCCAGAGAUGAAAAACUUGAAUACCAGGUAUUCAAAGCUUGUGGCCGAGGAUUGUGAUGAAGAGGCGGAGGGGGUGCAAAGCAAAGAGAGGUGGGUUUAUGUCAAGGUGAAUAUGGAUGGUGUUGUGGUUGGUCGAAAAGUCUGCAUGCUGGAUCAUGAUGGAUACUCAAGCUUCGCAAUGCAGCUGGAAGACAUGUUUGGAAGGCAAACUAAAUCUGGGUUAAGACUGUUCCAAUCUGGAUCUGAGUUCUCCCUGGUUUACAAGGACAGGGAGGAAAAUUGGAGGACCGUUGGUGAUGUUCCAUGGAGGGAUUUUGUAGAAUGCGUGAAGCGGCUAAGGAUUGUGCGAAAAGAUGAAGCUAACUAUCCUUGUUCAUCAUCAGUCAAUUAAUUUCUUUCUUUUCACUCCCUCCAUUGCUUUCAGAACUUAUGUACUUAGAUUGUUGUGACUUGCACCUGACCCAAAACUGGUGAAAGCAAGUGGAAAAUGUCAAACGAGAAUGGUAGCCAGUGAACAUUGGCAUGCUUUUUUAAUUUUGUUUUUUAUCAUUUUCACAGAUUGUAACCUUAUUAGUAGCAGUUCUGUCACUGCUGUUCUUGCAUGCACUAAAACUGUUUUUCACUCGAAAAAAGUGAAGUUUCAGCUUUGCUGAUUUAUGCUGUUGCUGAGUUUGGUUGGUACAUUUACACACCUUAAACCAUGUUCAUAAAUGACACCUGGAUUC